GUGUUGCACUUGCGUCUACGGUGCGUCUACGGUGCGGAACAGGUGUAGGGGCCUCUAUGGGCAGACGUACAUAAGCAGGCAGCUCCGCGACUUUCUUCUCUUCCUCUUGCUAUCCGCUCCGCUAUACACUGACCAUUUCGGUUUUGCCCGAUUACGCUUUGCCAGUGUCCGAGAUAACUGAUCAUUAGCUCUAGGCGACACCGUGUAUCAGCAAAUACGCUCGGCAAGAUGUUCCCUCUGAACGAUUUCCACGCUGCUUGUUGUGCUCUAGCAACCGUGUCCGCGGCUAUUGGAUAUAAGGUAUCUCGGAUUUGUAGGGACACGUCAAGAUGGCACGCAGAACACGGAGUCGAUUCUUGGGCGAGCAGCCUACUAGACUCUUCCGCACAGAACAGCUCCACCGCGUCAGAAAAGUCGUAUGAGAUUACGGAGCCGGGAUCAUUAAAGAGAAAGAGCCGAGACGAAGAUCUAGACGAUCAGUCAAUCGAGAAGCUCGAGCGACCUGCCGGGGAUGAUCCAACCGAUGCUCCGAGGAAGAGAAGCAAGACGAUGUCUGGCAUGGUAGACGAGGCCCGGCUUCUACUAGUACGUUCCCACCCCCCACAACCUCCCGCGCCACCAAGCAAAGCCGGGGCGCCCGAAUCCUUACAUGGAGCAGAAGCUAUACCAGCGGAGGCCGACGGUUUGGCCAUGGAUCAUGGGGGCGAUCCAUCGGUCCUCGACGGAACCGAUCUUCGUGCCACGAGCUGGGGGACCUCGCGGGUGCCGUCGAAUGGAGCUUUGACCUCGCCAUUGCUGUUAAUACCUGCAGUCAAGCCAUCAGGAGCGUUCACGUGUUUCGCAAAUGCCAGUUCAGCAUUCGCAACAGUGGUGGCAUCCCCUAUUGCGGGCUCCAAACCUGUUUGGUACCACGACAUUCACAGCAAUUCUGGAGAACAUGCGAAAGGCCUAGUCCCGGAGUCGGAGCCCCCGCAGAAUCAUCGGGGCGCCGUCAGCGUUGGAGCGCAAGUGAGGCGCUCUACCCCGCCUGUCGCUCAUUCUGGGUGCUUGGAAAACGCGGAUCGCUCGGAGCGCGUAGAUUUCCGAGAUGAAGGAUAUGCGCAAGACGACCCCUUGAAGGCCCAGACUUACACACGGGCGACAUGCACGACGGUCACCGGCGAAGAGGACGAGGAAGUGCGAGCGGAGGUGAAAGGUGCGAAGGUGUUCAUUAAGCGUGGAGAAAGCGACUUCGGGGACGGAAUAAUUGGACACGUCAAGCUUCUUUCGCACAAGGAGACUGCUGAUGUGCGAUUGGUUUUCCGCCGGGCGCCCGUGUGGAAGGUGUCCAUGAGCGUGCGACUGCGUCCAGCGGUUCGCUGCACCUUUGACGAGAAAGAGGGCGUGUUGCGCGUCGUGCUGAAAGAAGUAGAGGAGUGCGACGGAGCCUCACUUGACCGGCUGAAAGAGAGCGUCGUCGUGUAUGCAUUAAAGAGAGGCAAGGCGACCAGAAGAGAGUUUGCGGACUUCGCCCUGGCAGUCACCCAGCCUACACGACUCUCAACCUCAGUACACCCGACCGCAGGCACUUCCUGAGCUGCUUGCCAUGACUCUUAUGGGCUCUGAUGGCUGAGAUCGCCGCUCCGAUGGUAUAGCGCACCACCUGCGGUUGCUGUAGGUCUGCAUGGCGGUGGCCGAUAUCUACUUCCGGCGAUGCGGCCUUAUUGAUCGUCACUGCUGGCAGUGAUAGGGAAAGCAUGUAACUUUAUACUUUCACUCCGGUGAUGUUCUUGCAGCAUCAUAUUUCAGCGAAGAUGCCGCCCAUGACCGUUCAUCUGGUAACGUACACGCUAGCCGUGCACAGCAGCCCGAUUGUGGAUGUAUGGCUGGUCCAUAUGGCACUGCGCUUCGUACUGAUGCAAGGUGUUAUGUACGCGCUCAAAUUUAACAUUGACACCGCC